UCGCCGGAGAGAGGAGAGAGCGGCUCUUCUCGCCACAGUCGGGCAGCGCGCCAUGUUGUAGGGGCUGCACGCGUGCUGCCUCGUCCCGUCGUCGCGUUCGGCCGGCCAUGAGCAAGGCGAAAACCCUGCCUGCCGUCGUGUCGCACCACUUGUACGCGCAGCCGACGACCAUUGCCCUGGGCCAUGAGGCAGGGUACAAGCGGGCGGGGCCCCUGAGCCCGCCACUGGCGGGAACACGAGGCUACCCGUACCCGCAAGAUCCCACGCGGACGCACUUCUCUCCCCUGCUGAACUCCACCCAGCAGAGCUACCGCGAUGCCUUCCAGUUGCAGGCCGAGCGACAUCACCAGCAGCACCAACAGCAGCAGCAGCAACAACAGCAGCAACAACAGCACCAGCACCAGCAGCAACAGGAGUUCCUGCUGGAGCGCUACCGUGAACCUGAGCCCCAGCACGUGCGGCGGAGACCCUCCCUGCUGCCCACACCCUCGGAAUAUGCCGCCGCGAGCGCCGAGAGGGCCGAGAGGGAACGGUACCUGGAGGCGUACCGGUUCCCGUACGAGCGGGAGAUGGGGCUGGUUGGGCUGCAGGGGCAGGGGGCCUCCCUGGAGCCCAUGGAAGUGCACAUGAACAAGCGGCCCCGGCUGGGCAUGGACCCCAAGGCGCCCCUUCUCAUUGACACCCACGACGGCGGCAUGGUCGAGGUCAAAAAGGAGCCGGCGUACGUGCCCCAGGUGGAGGCCAUCUCCCCGACACUGCCGAGUGAGGACGGCCGGCCCGACCUGUCCCCGCAGCGGACCUCCAAGGACGAGCUGCUCAACGCCAUCAACAAGCUGGAUCGGGAGAUUGCCCAGGUCGAGUCCCAGACUACCAAGCUCAAGAAGAAGCAGCAUGAGCUAGAGGCGAGCAGUCCGGCCGACAGCAAGAAGGACUCUCAGGACACAGCGCCUUCCGAACCCAAACAACUGAGUAUUGCUCAGAUUAUCUACUCCGAAAAUAGGAGGAAAGCGCACCACGCCCACGCAACAAUGGACAGCCUAGGCCCGAAAGUGGAAUUGCCAAUGUACAAUCAACCUUCAGACACUGCCAUUUAUCAUGAAAACAAAAAAAAAUUUCAAGAAUUUAGGAAAAAUUUGACAUUAUAUUUUAAAAAGAGGGCUCAAGAAAGGGAAAGCAGGGAAAAAUACUUAACAGAUACUUACAACCAGCUCAUGCAGGCAUGGCUGAAAAAAAUGGAUAAGCGAGAAAACAACGCCGCUCGAAAGGCCAAGGACCAGAAGCAGCGGGAGUUCUUCGAGAAGCAGUUUCCAGAGCUGAAAAAGCAGCGGGAGGAUCGGGAGCGGUUCUCCCGGGCGGGCCAGCGGGUGCGCAGCGAGGCGGAGCUGGAGGAGAUCAUGGACGGCCUGCAGGAGCAGGAGAAUGAGGACCGCAAGAUGCGCAGCUAUGCGGUGGUGCCCCCGAUCCUGCUGGACGUGCGGCAGCGGCGAGUGCGCUACCUCAACCGUAACAGUCUGGUGGAGGACCUCUCGUCGGAUUACAAGGAGCGCCAGAUGCACAACCUCUGGACGGACCAGGAGAAGGAGCUCUUCCGCGAGAAGUACCUUCAGCACGCCAAGAACUUCAGCAUCAUCGCCUCCUACCUGGAACGCAAGAGCGUUGCCGACUGUGUGCAAUACUACUACCUGACAAAGAAGAGUGAAAACUACAAGCAGCUGCUGCGCAAGCACAAUGUGAAGAAGAGGACCAGGGCUAUGGUGAAGGCCCCCCUGCCCCAGCCACAGCAGGUGGCAAGCUCGCUGCCCAUCCGCAACCCGGUGCCCACAAGCGGCGGACCCGGCAGCGGCGUAGAGGAGAAGGGGCCGUCCGCCCCAUCUGGGGCGGGGGCUGCCGCGGCCUCCGCGGCCCCCCCGGGGGCGGUGCCUGUGGCGGGAGGGGACGGGUCUCCGUCGCGGACGGGCACGCCUCCCCCCGGCGGUCCUCCGCCCCCGGAGCUGGGCUCUCUGGAGCAGCAGCAGGGGCCCCAGCCCCAGGCCAACGGGCCUUCCUCGGAGGACAAGAGCUGCCUCGUGGACACGCUCAAUGGCUUGAAGACGCCAGGUCAUGACAAAGAUGCAGAAGAUGCUUCAACUGCGAUUAACAAUACUGGAGGGGAUGGCGGCCCUCCGUGUGCUGUGUGUCGGUGCCGCCUGGACCAGGGCAGUCGGUGGCGACCCCUGACCAAGGCCAACUGCCACGUGUACGCCCUCAAGGAGAGCGACCUCACCCCCGAGGCCCGGGUGUGCGCCUCCUGCCGCUUCAAGACCGUCCGGCAGCGCUUCGUCCAGUGCCCCAUACCGACCUGCAAGACCCCCAAGCGCAAGCUGAAGAGGCUACGGCCGCUCCCCAGCAAGUGGGCGGAGCUGGACAAGGACGUCAAGGAGACCAUCGUACAGGAGCUGCAGAUACCUGCCGGGAUACAGAAGUGCUGCUCGGCAUGCUUCAACCGCAUAGCUCGAAAGCUGGAGCCACAUCCCCCUUCGGAAGACUGUGGGGACAGCUCGCGGUGGACGGAGGAGGAGAUGGAGCAGGCCAAGAAGGGGCUGCGGGAGUACGGCACGGACUGGCCUGCCCUGGCCUCCCUCGUCCAGAGCAAGACCAAGGAGCAGUGCAAGAACUUCUACUUCAACUACAAGCGCAAGCUCAGCCUCGACGAGAUUGUGCGCACUUUCAGAGAGGUGCAGGCCAGCAAGGACGACGGCAAGCGGCAGGUGACGGACGACGAAGACAGCGGGGAGACGACAACAAGCUGCGAGGAGGACAACUGUGCAGACCGCUGCAGCAGCGACACUGCCAGCGCCUGCAGUCCUUCGGCCAAGCAGAUGGACGAAGUGUCCGUGUGGGAGUGCGAGAAGCCCAUGCUGGCCCCGGCCAUGCCCGCGCUGGCCCCUCCCCCCGAGGCCCUGGCCAAGGCCCCCGGCACGGACGGCAACAAUGGCUUCGAGGCGUCGGCUGACUACGACAGCAGCGCCACCGUGAGCGCGGACGAGGGCCAGGCGGCGGACCAAGAGCGGCCCCAGCGGCCGCCCCCGGAGCCCAAGGAGCAGGCAGGCCGGGAGGGCCCCACCUGCAUGCGGGACCUGAUCUUCCAGGCCAUCGAAAUGACUCUGCAGUACUCUAUGAAGCCUGGUCGCAACGGGCCCCCCGGCCAGAAGGACGAGCGAGGCGAGGGGCCCCAAGUGCCGGAGCCCGCCCGGUCCCCCUACCUGGUGCAGAACAGUCUGGCUCGGCCGGAGGGCCUGGUGGCCCAGUUCCCUGGCCACGUGGCACCCCAGGAGGACUACGAGGUGCAGGACCUGAGCAAGAAGUCCUCCCGGGAGCCCAGCCCCCCCGUCCGCCGGGAGAAGCCGCAGGUAGUCUCGUACCCGGGCGGCUACCCCCAGCAGCAGCAGCCGCAGCAGUAUGCCUCCCAGCCGCCCCCUGCACAUUCCAACCACUUCCGGAGGACCCCGGAGCCCCCACCCCCGCCCCAGGGGAUGUUUGCCCCGGGGCCCCCCCGGGGGGUCGGCUACGGAGGCCCCCCAGACCGGGGGGCACCCCCACACCUGGUGGCCCAGUCCCUGGCCCCCCGCAGCCUGGCCAAAACAGGGGGCAAGGGGGCCGUGCCGCCGCCCCCCCCACUGGUGGCGGCCAGCAAGCCCCCGCUGUCGCCCAAGCUGCUGUUCAAGGAGAAGGCGCCGGGGGGCUCCAUCACCCAGGGCACCCCCCUGAACCAGCCGGCCGGGGGCUUUCUGCCCCGCUACGAGGGCCUGCUGCGCCAGCUGACCCCACCCCAGGGGGCCAAGGAGGCUGCGGGCUCCAUCACCCUGGGCACACCUGUGCCCCACGAGGGCCCCGCCAAGAAGCGGCACGAGGACCCCCGCCCCUACGACCCCUCGGAACAGUACUACCGGACGGCGGGCUUCCAGGGUCCCGUGCCAGGCUACUCGCCGGCCUUCCGGCCCAAGUAUUCGAGCGAAUCUCAGCUCAGCACCAACCAGAUCAUGAUCGACUUCCACACCUCCAAGCAGAUGCGGAGGGGCUCCUCGGGUGCCGACGCCAGGGCCUCGCCCCAGGGGCGGGGCCCCAGCCCGGCCCCUGCGGGGCUCCACCCAGUCUACCAGGUGCCCUACUUCGGGCCACAGGGGGCGCCUCCUCCGCCCGUGUUCCUGCAGCACGGGGGCCCCCCACCCAUGGACCGGGGCCCCGGAGACCCAGUCUGGGCCGGCAAGGGCAUGCACCCUGCGGCGGCCCGGCAGAACGUGAUCCGCAGCGUGCCCUGGGGCGGGGCCAAGAGCGUCAUCCAGGCCCCCAAGGCUGGUUCCCCCCGGGGCGAGCCCCCCAUGGAGGUGGCCAGCCCCGGGCGCCGGGUUCAGUCCCCGCGCAUGAGCCAGCCCUACCCGGUGGUGUCCCCCUCCAGCCUGGACCCCUUCACAACCCUGGUGAACACGGCGGCCGCACAGCCCAGCCUGGUGGUGCCCAAGGAGGAGAAGAAGCCCUCUCCCCGGGAGCGCCCCGCCGUGGAGGGGCUCGAGAAGUCCCUGCUCGAGAUGCACCAGCGGCCCCGGCAGUUUGGGGACAUGCCGCCGCCGCCCCAGGACUACAGGGAGGCCGAGCGUCUGAGGGCCGAAGAGCGCUUCAUGGAGGUGCGCAGCAGGGAGGUUGAGGUGGCCCGGCAGCAGCAGUUGCAGCAGCAGCAGCAGCAGCAGCAGCAGCAUCAACAUCACCAGCAGCAGCAGCAGCAACAACAUCAGCAACACCAGCAGCAACUCCAGCACCAGCAGCAGCAACUGCAGCAGCAGCAACUGCAACAGCAGCAGCAGCAAGUUCGCUUGGCCAGGGAGCCCUUCAGCCGAGAGCAGUUUGAGCGGGAGAUGAGGCAGCAGGUGUCCCGGGACAAGCGAGACGAACAGUCCCCCAAGGGGCCCCCCCCGGCCUUCCUCAGCCGCACCCAGCAGGCGGAGCUGGACAACGAGGCCUCGCGCAUCUUCUCGCAGUCCUUCCAGAAGGACAGCCCCAAGCCGUCCCCAUCCCCGCAGGGCAUCACAGCAGCCAACCUCAUCGACGCCAUCAUCACACACCAGAUCAACCAGAGCACGGAGCCAAAGCAGAACCCGGGGGCCAUGGACACCAUCCUGUCGCGCUACGGCCCAGCGGGGGAGCCCAAGGGGGCGCAGGGCGGGCCCCAGUCGAGCCCCCAGCCGCAGAGCCUCCCUCCCCGCCUCAAGCCCCGGGAGGAGGUGGUGACCAUCGAGGAUGGCCCCUCGGCCGAGCAGCGGCUGCCCCGCAUGGAGGCAUCCGGGGAGAAGGUCAUCACCUUGAACCAGCAUAUUGCAGCCAUCAUUUCCAAGAACAUCUGCAACCCGAGUGACGGCACGGCACCCCUCUACAGCCACAGCCGGGUGGAGGCGGCCAUGAGGACCUGCUACGCGCCGGAGCCCGGCAUGGUGCCCACGGCGCCGGCUGCCGAGCCGGACGCCCCCCACAGCUACCACAGCUGGAAGCUGCGCAAGGCACUGCAGUCCUCGGAGGCCAAGGAAGAGCAGCGCCACAUCAUCCGGGGUCCCCAGGGGGUCCCCUACGUGGAGCCCAUCUCCCCGCCAGGACAACCCGAGCUGGUGGGACCGCACAUGGAGUGGUCACCCCACCACGGCGGCCCACCCCCGCGACAAGGAGGCAACCCCGAAGCCUACAUGAGGCCCUCUCAGCAACAUCAGCAGCAGCAACAACAGCAACAGCAGCAACACCAGCAGCACCAGCAGCAGCAACAACACCACCACCACCAGCAGCAGCAGCAGCAGCAACAACAGCAACAACAACAGCAGCAGCAGCAGCAGCAUCAACAACAGCAGCAGCAUCAACAACAGCAGCAGCAGCAUCAACAACAACAACAGCAGCAUCAGCAGCAGCAGCACCACCAGCAGCACCAGCAGCAGCAGCACCAGCAGCAGCAGCACCAGCAUCAGCAGCACCAGCAGCAACAGCAGCACCAGCAACAGCAACAGCAGCAGCAACACAUGGGACUCUCAGCCUUGGACUAUGUCAAGAACCGGAUAGUGGAAGUGAUGCGCACGGCGGAUGAGCCGUCUCCGCACAAGGGGAUCGACGCCCUGCGCAAGGGGGGUCCCUCAGAGCCCCCUGAGCGGCCCCUGAGCGAGGGGGGCCACCCGCAGCAGCCCAGCCCUGUGGCGCCCCCCCGGCCGGCCUCAGCCAUUGAGUCCGGCCCGCACACUGAGUGGCGGGGGGGCAAGUUCCGUCCCCGGUCGGUGUCCCCCCUGCACCCAGCCGGCAGCCACCGCGAGGACUGUGGUCCCCCCCGGCACGAGCCCGUGUCCCCCCCGAGAGAGCAACCAGGGCCCCGCUUCUACCCGUCGGGGGGCCCCGCCCAGCCCUUCCCCACGACGUACGCCUACCCGUUCUCGGCGCUCUCGGUGCGCUCCAUGGCGGUGGCCCCCAGCAACCCGGUGGGCACGAGCGUGGCGGCCGGGGGCGGAGCCCCGGCGGGCCCCACCCCCGCGGCCCCGCCCCCGUCGUCUGUGCUCAUGUCUUCGCAGUACGAACCCUUGUCGGACGAGGACUGACACCAAGUGUGUGUGUGUCGUGCCUCCUCUCACUGCCUCAUCUUCUCUCAGCUCAAGUUUCACGGUGGCUCUGUCCUCCCGGGGGAGGGGGACCUUUGUACAAAGGGGCGAGUUUGUAUACUUUGGGGACACUCUCGGCGCUGCCACCGCAGGGGUUGAUCAAGGAAAGCUGUACAUUCAUAUUUUUUUUUUUUUUUUCGUCUUGGCUGUACAUAGGUUUUCACCCUUCUCUUUCGUGCGCGUGGAGGUGAAUAUUUUAGGACCCUGUUUCUCUGGAGCAGUUGCAGCGCUGAAUGCACAAUUGUAAUUCUCCUGUUAAUUUUUUUUUUUUUUUGAGACAGAAAGAAAGGACCUUUAACAUGAA